AUGGUCCUAAAACAGAGCAAAGGCCCGCGCGAGACGCUGACGGUCGUGGACAACAGAACAAACCAGGUCUAUGAGAUCCCCAUCACUCACAACUCCAUCCCUGCGACAGAAUUCAAGAAGAUCAAAGCUGAGGGCGGAAAUGAUCGGCCGGAGGAUGAGACAACACAGGGCCUUAGGGUCUAUGAUCCUGCGUACAUGAACACUGCCGUCGUGCAGAGCAAAAUCACCUACAUCAACGGUCUAGAUGGCGUUCUGCGCUACCGCGGAUAUCCUAUUGAGCAGCUGGUGGAAAAGAGCGACUUCCUGGAGUCUGCUUACCUCCUCAUCUACGGCGAGCUGCCAACAAAGUCACAAUAUGACAACUGGCAUGGCGAGGUCAUGCAUCAUACGUACAUCCACACCGACAUCGAGAACAUGUUCAAGUCGUUCCGCUACGACUCUCAUCCCAUGUCCAUGCUGACAGCCGCAUUUGCUACGCUGGGAGCCUUUGCCCCCGAGGCCAAUCCUUCUCUUGCCGGCCAGAAGCUCUACACCAACGCCGCUUCAGGCAAUAUGGAGGCCCUCAAAGUAUUGGACAAGCAGAUUCUGCGAAUUCUUGGAAAGGCCCCAACUUUGGCGGCGGCUUCCUACAGAAUGCGACAAGGUCGGCCCUUCAACCGCCCGGCGCAGGGCUUAUCGUACACAGAGAACUUCCUCUAUCUGCUGGACAACCUGUCCGAGACUGACUACCAACCGCACCCUGUUCUUGCCAGAGCUUUGGACAAGCUGUUUAUCAUCCACGCCGAUCACGAGGUCAACUGCUCUACCGCCACUGUCAUGCAAGUGGGAAGCUCCUUGGUGGACCCUUACAGCGUUGUCGCCGCUGGCUGCGCGGCACUAUACGGGCCUUCCCACGGAGGAGCCUCGGAGUCCGCGAUCAGAAUGCUCAUCGAGAUCGGAUCUCCCGAGAACGUACCAGCUUUCAUGGAAGCUGUUGAGAGAAGGGAGCGGGUUCUAGUUGGGUUCGGGCACCGCGUCUACAAAAACGUCGAUCCUCGAUCAACUGCCAUCCGCAAGCUCGCAGAGGAAGUCUUCGAAGUCACCGGCAGAAACAAGCUUCUAGACACAGCCCUAACGCUUGCCGACUACGCCCGUAAGAGCGAGUUCAUGCGAAGCAGGAAUCUGUACCCCAACGUCGACUUCUACUCUGGUCUGAUUUACCAAGCCAUGGGUUUCCCACUUGAUUUCUACCCAGUCCUGUUUGCUGUCCCUCGAUGUGUGGGCUGGCUGGCACACUGGAGGCAGAUGAUGCUGAACUCAGCAGGUGUUAAGAUCUGGAGACCGCGACAGCUAUAUGUCGGAGAAGGAGAGAGGGAGUAUAUUGAGACGGAGGACAGAAAGGCAAAGGACGGCGCUACGGUGUUUGAUGCGCCUGUCAAGGUUGAGCAUGGAGGGAACAGCCAGCGAACACUUCUUGCUACGUCUGGUACCGCGCCAAAGAGUAAGCUAUAA